AUGGAAUCAACACUUGGAAGCAAUGUCUUGACUAAAAUAAGAACAGUUUCGUCUCCCAUUUUAAGAGAUUGCAGCGAUAUUCCAACUGGACACUAUGACGGUAUCUAUAAAAUACAACCUGAAAAUGGACCGGAAAUGAAUGUUUAUUGCGACAUGACCACAGAUGGCGGAGGUUGGACAGUAUUACAGAGAAGAUUGAAUGGAGAAAUUGAAUUUAUGAUGAAUUGGAGGAGUUUUAAAGAGGGAUUUGGAUACGUCUAUUCGGAGUAUUGGCUUGGAAACGACAAUAUACAUGCUAUUGUAAGACAGUCCGGAAGAUCAUACAAAGUACGAAUUGAUUUGGAAGAUUUUAAAGGCUUUCAGGCCUUUGCUGAGUACUCUGAUUUCUAUAUUGACAGCGAGGAAACCAACUACACACUUUGUUUAGGCCAAUACAGUGGGAAUGCAGGUGAUUCAAUGGUGGAUGUCGAUAAGGACAGUCUUAGUGGUAUGAUGUUUAGUACAUGGGAUCGUGAUAACGACAAAAGUGAUAUUCACUGUUCAUUUCUGAAGGGUGGCGCCUGGUGGUUUAAUGAUUGUUCACGUGCUAACAUCAACGGACUUUAUACUGGACAUGUUUACCUUACUCCGACGUCGGAUCGGAGUGUACAUUGGAAAACAUGGCAGCUAAAUAAUGAAUUGAAAAAGACUGAAAUGAAAAUUAAACCAUUAUAA